ACACUCGACAUUCUGCAUUCUUUAUAUGAUGUAUAGCGUCAUAAUGCUCAUACCACACGUCACCGGAGUAAAUAAUUACAUCAUAAUAGUUAAUAAUUACAGAGCUGAAUAAAAGGGACUCAAAUACUCUAUCAACGUACGGAUUUAAUGUGUUAGUCAUUAACCCUGCAAAAUGAUGACUGUUUGGGCGAAUGCAGAGUUUCGUUAUCAAAUUCGAAUCACUCCGCUGUUAGCACGCAACCAAACCACAUCAUUCAUUUCGUCCAUCCUCGCUUAGUUUGAUCCAUAAAACUGCAAUCAUGGUUCUUGAGAAGCUUACUGACGAACAAAUGGCACGCUUCAAGGAAGCUUUUGCCGUGUUUGAUAAGAACGGAGAUGGAACCAUAACAUGUGCAGAGUUGGGCGAGGCAUUGAAAUCAGCUGGCUGGACCGUACCUGAUGAAGAAAUCAAGGAAUUAAUCAAACAAGUUGAUUUAGAUGGAAAUGGAUCAGUCAGCUUCGAUGAGUUCGUGAAAGUGGUCGUCCAGGCUCUUCAGAGGUUAGAGGCCGAGGUUCGAGCUGCAUUCCAGGCUAUGGAUAAGGAUGGCAGCGGUUCACUGAGCCAUGAUGAGGUCAAACAGGUCUUUGCUGACUUCGGUGAGAAGCUGAGUGACAAGGAUGUCGAUGCAUUGAUCAAGGAAGCUGACAAAGAUGGUGACGGAACAGUAAAUUAUGAUGAAUUCGUUGCGAUGCUGUUGAAGUAAACUCAGCCCGAUCAACUAUCAUCAUCUUCAUAAUGUGGCGAUAUUGUCUUCAUUCCAGUGUAAUACAUUUUCUAUUUUGAUACAUCUUAAGUUAUUAUUUAGAAGUAAAUACAGUGAAUAUUAAAACAAACAUGCCCGGUGCGUAUACGCCAACCCAUUCAGUUACGUCAUCGGCCAUUCACCAUGUUCACUGAGCUCGAUCGUCAUCCUCGGGCCGAGAGUCUGGCCAAUCAGCGUUACGAUUCUGGGGUACUCGUGCUAUUCCGUUUACUUCUGUUUUUAGUUAAUACACAGCACUUGGAGCUUACUCGUUGUUUUUUUCUAAAUAGGAAUUAGUAAAUGAAACCAUAUUGUCCUGUGAUAGUGAUGAUAUUGAAAAGUGCAGACAGUCGGACAUCCAUUCGACCAUCUUUUUAAUACAUCUACACUGUUAAUAAAAAUAAUAUAAACGACGCUGUUUACUACGUGAAUCGCAUAGUAGUUUAAACAAUUUUAACAAGUGUUUAAAAUCUUAAACAACAAAUUCAAAUAUUUAAUUAUCAAUGAUGUAAGCAUGGUUGUUUAAGAUUUUAAACACUUGUUUAAACUGUUUAAACAACUAAUGUGCGAUUCACAUCGUGAACAGAGUUGUUUAAAUUAUUUUAACAGUGAUAAAUACUGUCCAGGGCAAGUUCACCGACCAUCAAUUAUUUUGCAGCUCAAACUAAAACACUAUCCUCUCGCCAGCCUGCUCACUGACGAAAUGGCCAUGCGGCCCAUUUACUGAAAAUAAAAUCCGUCGAUUACCUUUUCGUGGUCACCAUCUUAAAGCUUUAAGGUAACUUGUGUGGGCAAACUCUACAUAUCAAAUCAAAUAUUGUUUUAACUCUGUGAUCUCUAACCUAAUUUUCAUUGUUGAAUUCCAUUCAAGGAAAGAAUAUAUAGAUUUGUGGCCUUUGUGAAUACAAUUAAUGUCUGUGAAAAUGUGAAUAAAUGAUAAAGAUAAGGUAA